AUGAAGUUCCAGCUCGCCCUCGCCGCUCUUUUCGCCACCUCGGUCCUCGCCCAGAGCUCCGCCACUGACAGCGCUGCUGCCACUGAUAUGGCCACGGGCACUGCCUCGGGAGCUGCGGCCGGCAGCUCGUCCACGACCAAGAGCCACAAGUCCAAAUCGACGACUGCUGGCGCCUCGGCCGCAUCGUCUGCCAGCGCCGGCGCUGCGAGCGGCUCGUCAGCCGCCCCAGUCGUCGCCUCUUCUGCUGGAGUCUCGACUUCUGCCAUGGGCGCCGGUUCCGGCUCGGCCUCGUCCCCAGCCAGUGGCACAUCUGCCGCUGCCGCGGCAAGCACGACGGCCAAGAAGAGCGGCGCCGGCUCGCGUGCCCCCAUCGCGGCGGGUGCCGUUGCCGUCGUGGCUGCUGUCGCCGCCAUGGUCUAA